AUGCGGCUGGGGAAAGGCAGAGAGCAUGAGAAAAAGCCGCAGCUCUGAGCCGUCUGAGGAGAUCCGCUCUUCCCCCCGUGAUCGCGCUAAGGCCAUUGUCCCCCCUCCGUGCUCGGCAGCCAGUGAGAACUCAGCAUCGGGAUUCCACGCUCCCUCAUACGGAUCGGCUGCCAGUGAGAGCACGGCUCUGCCAGCCAACUGAUCAAUCAGUCACAGAAGGAGCGGGCGUCACCUCCGCGUGUGAAUGACAGUUUUUCCAGCAGACGUUUAGCCGGAUUCUGCAGCUAGAAGGCGGAGUUUUUGGUCACAGGCCGGACAGUGAGGGGCGGGGCUCCAAAGGCCGGCGCGUGACGUCACCACGCAGUGGAGGAGGACGCCCCGGAGCAUGGGUCGGAAGCGGUGCGUGGGAGACUGUUCCAAGAUGGCGGCGGGCUGCUGCGGGGUGAAGAAGCAGAAACUCUCCAGCUCUCCGCCUUCUGGAUCGGGCGGCCCGCACUGUAGUGGGGAGAGCCAGUGCCGCGGGGCCGAGCUGGGGCUAGGAGGCUCAGGAAGCGGGCCUGUGGGAAGCAGCCGAGUGAACGGCCUGGGCUGUAAUAACAGCCUUUCCCCGGGCUGCGGGACUCUCUCCCCGGGCUGUGGCUCCAGCCUCAGCCCAGGCUCUCGGAAGAUGGUGGUGUGUGCCGAGAUGUGCUGCUUCUGCUUCGACGUUUUGUAUUGUCACCUGUAUGGCUACCAACCGCCCCGCACACCUCGUUUCACCAAUGAUCCAUACCCGUUGUUUGUAACAUGGAAGACUGGACGGGAUAAGAGACUGCGUGGCUGCAUAGGAACCUUUUCUGCCAUGAACUUGCAUUCUGGCCUCAGGGAGUACACACUUACCAGUGCCCUUAAAGAUAGCCGUUUUCCUCCAAUGACGAGGGAUGAGCUGCCCCGGCUAUUCUGCUCAGUAUCUCUACUUACAAACUUUGAGGAUGUAUGUGAUUACUUGGACUGGGAGGUGGGUGUACAUGGCAUUAGAAUAGAAUUCAUCAAUGAAAAAGGAUCCAAACGAACCGCCACGUACUUACCGGAGGUUGCAAAGGAGCAAGGCUGGGACCACAUACAGACCAUAGAUUCCUUAUUGAGAAAAGGUGGAUAUAAAGCUGCAAUCAGUAAUGACUUCAGGAAAACGAUUAAACUGACCAGAUACCGUAGUGAGAAGAUGACUAUGAGUUAUGCUGAAUACCUUUCCCACCGUCAGCACCAUCAUUUUCAAAAUGGCAUCGGGCACCCUCUCCCACCCUACAACCAUUAUUCCUGACACUGAGCCGCAUGACCAGUCACUAGACCUUUCUGCAGAACUCUUCCCAGGGGACCCGGCUCCCUCGUGGUCUAGCUAUCUCUAUUACUGUACCAUUUUAUGAUGAUUGUUUCCGUUGUCCUGUUCAAGCUCCACCUCUUGUGGUGACGCUCAUCAGGGCAACGGGUGGGAAGACUCUUUAAUAAGUAUCCAGAACACAUUUUUAGUAGAAUUAUUUUGAGCUACUGAGGUUGUGUGUGUGACUUUUUUUUUUUUUUUUUUUGCAGCAUUUAUGCUUUUUCCGUUUGAUGUGAUGCUAACCUUAUCUUGUAUGGCCUUUUCUAUAGUUGUGGUUGGAUGGAAGGAAGGCUUGAUUUAUGGCGGAUCUGCGAUUGACACGCGGAUAAUUGAGAUGUCUCAAUCUGAGCUGCUGAGUUUCUUGUAUAAAUGAGAAGGUUGAGAGUUGCAGGUGGUAGCAUCAAGUCCAUGACACUAAUCUUCUCUGGCAGUCCUAGUGUCGCUGCAUGUCCUACAUUUAUCACUUUGACCCUUGGCAUUUCCACGGAUUUACCUACUUCAGUCGCCGGCUUUUACUCAGUCCUUAAAUGGUUGUAUGCCAGCUGCUGAUCUUGUGAGCAUAACCAAAACCAACCCAUAUAUCCAUCUACAGCUGAAGACGUGUUAAGUCAAUAUAAAAGAAAAAAAAUCAUCAAAUUGGUACAUCCAUAUAUAGGGUGAAUAUUUUAAUCACUACCUCAUGAUUGACUUGCAGUGUUAGCGUUUGGUUACCUUGAAUACUUUACUACCAAUGUUCUUUAGGUAGAGUGAUAUCUGCCUGGACCUCUAGUUCCCACCAUAGCCCACGCAUUCUCCCUGCAGUACGGCACCACCAAUGGAGCCAUUCAAUCUUCAUUCAAUCAAUGUAGAUGCCAUGGGAUUUAUGAUCCCCGCCGUUGGGUGAAGGCAGGUCUACGGAUCUAUAGAUGCUGCGGAACUUGCUCUGGACAGUUGUUGGUUUUGUUAUUGUGAAGAACAUCAUAUUUGAAUCAGAGCAAGGUAGAGGCUAGAGGAUUACCUUCCAUCCCAGUAAUUGUGCUUGUCUGUGUUGCUGCUCUUCGUUGUUCUGGUGAGCACUAGCCAUAGUUUGUGUGGUAGUGAUGGACCCCGCAGAGUAAGUCUAGUAUAAUACCAAGGAGCAGUUUGAGGUUUCCAUUUGUUCAGGUAAAGGUCACUUGGUUUCAUCCUCAAGUGCCAUUAUCCUUUUCAUAGCUUUACAGAUCUUUCAGUCAUGGAAAGGCUGACUUCUGUUUGUCAUUACCCAUGGUGCUAUUGAGUAGGUGUUUCAAUGCUACAGCAUUUCAGGCCCCAUUGAAGGGGAGGGGGCAGCUUAGGAAGGCCAGUCAUACACAUUUCAUUGAUGGAACACCUCACCUGGAUUUGCUUGUUAUCCAUUAUUCAGGAAGCUCAGAGCUAGAAUGAAUUCAUUGCAGUCGGUCACCCUUUGCACCCGCAGAAUGGAGGUUGUGCCGUCUCACGUGACAGUUGCUAUUCAAACCAUUGCAGCCUUUCUCUGAGUAAAGGGCUUUUGGCACUUCCUUAGAGCAGUAAAAUGAGGUUUGGUUUGUUCUUCUGUGCGGAUGCCUUAAUUAAACCUUUUCAUUGCUUGCGCAGGAGCCUCCUGGAUUUGGGAGCAAGGUUUAGCCGUCACAUGGUAAACGUUCAUCUCAUUCUGUGCUGCCAACGGUCGGCCGAACCCAGUGGGUGGCAAUCCAUGGCUUCACAUCAGUUUUGUUUUGCAUCCAUCAUACAAAGUGAGCACAAGCUAAGUCAUACUUUCUGCUGCAGAAAAAAAAAAAACUUUUACCAACACAGACACAAGGUUUUUCAGCUUGCCCAGUUGUACUCGUCCGUCUGAAAUGAGCCUUUUUCUUUUAAACUCUAUUUAAAGGUGCUAAUGAUUCUUGCACAAGGUCACGUGACUGGUCAUGCCAACUCUAGAUCACAUCAGAUUUUUACUAAUCCUCGAUAUAUGCAGAUGUUCUACAGAUGUUUCUUACCAGUGUAAUAAUUGCGUUACUGAGAAUUCAAUGCCAAUCCUGCAGGUUUUGAUAGCACAAGGUCAGCAAUACUUCCCAGCAUGGCUUAGGGGAGAAAAUGAAAUACACAAAGGAUUGUCUGUGUGUCCUUUUUGUAUCCAGCUUAGUGCAUAAAAUAUUUGUCUUCUAGUAGCUGUGACUUGACAAAAUAAUGUCGUCUAAAGGCUGUUAUACACGCGCAAGAGGCAGCCCAAAACUAGGGGAUUCUGGGACAUUGUUCUAUACUUCUAACACGUCGUCUGUUAUGGGGUUAAUGUCUGAAUUCCCUCCUUUGAUUUUAUUUUUGUGAUAAAAGCAUGUUCUUGUCACCAAAUGGUGAAAUCAUGAAUUUGGAUUUUAUUUUGUUACUUAUUUUAAGUCCUUUGUUUUAUCCCAUAUUAAAUGCAUUAACAGUUCUCUUUCCCUCUUUUUUUUUUUUUUUUUUUUUUUUAAAUGAUUUUUAACUGCAGAGCCGGGCAGAGCUUUUAUCCCAAUAAAGAACUGAAAGUCAACAUGCUGCAGAUUCCCGGGCUGUUUUAUAAGACCCUUGCCAUUGGCUGCAGGGAAUCUGCUGCUGCUUUUCUCAUUUAAGUGGGUUUUAAAUAUUGUCACUGUCCUUGCGAGGGUCUCCAUAUGGGCCCUUCUGCCUGAGACCAGGCCUUUUCUCAUAAGCACCCUCCCUAUGGCGGUUUCCCAUAAGCACUCUCCUUAUGGCAUUUUCCCAGUAAACACCCUCCCUAUGGAAUUUUACCAUAAGCACCCUCUCUAUGGCAGUUUCCCAUAAACCCAAUCUCUAUGGCAGUUUUCCAUAAGCCCCCUCUCUAUGGCAGUUUCCCAUAAACCCCCUCUCUAUGGCAGUUUCCCAUAAGCCCCCUCUCUAUGGCAGAUUCCCAUAAACUCAAUCUCUAUGGCAGUUUCCCAUAAACCCCCUCUCUAUGGCAGUUUCCCAUAAGCCCCCUCUCUAUGGCAGUUUCCCAUAAGCCCCCUCUCUAUGGCAGUUUCCCAUAAGCCCCCUCUCUAUGACAGUUUCCCAUAAGCCCCCUCUCUAUGGCAGUUUCCCAUAAGCCCCCUCUCGAUGGCAGUUUCCCAUAAGCCCCCUCUCGAUGGCAGUUUCCCAUAAGCCCCCUCUCUAUGGCAGUUUCCCAUAAGCCCCCUCUCUAUGGCAGUUUCCCAUAAGCCCCCUCUCUAUGGCAGUUUCCCAUAAGCCCCCUCUCUAUGGCAGUUUCCCAUAAGCCCCCUCUCUAUGGCAGUUUCCCAUAAGCCCCCUCUCUAUGGCAGUUUCCCAUAAGCCCCCUCUCUAUGGCAGUUUCCCAUAAGCCCCCUCUCUAUGGCAGUUUCCCAUAAGCCCCCUCUCUAUGGCAGUUUCCCAUAAGCCCCCUCUCUAUGGCAGUUUCCCAUAAACCCCCUCUCUAUGGCAGUUUCCCAUAAACCCCCUCUCUAUGGCAGUUUCCCAUAAACACAAUCUCUAUGACAGUUUCCCAUAAACACAAUCUCUGACAGUUUCCCAUAAGCCCCCUCUCUAUGGCAGUUUCCCAUAAGCCCCCUCUCUAUGGCAGUUUCCCAUAAACCCAAUCUCUAUGGCAGUUUCCCAUAACCCCCCUCUCUAUGGCAGUUUCCCAUAAACCCAAUCUCUAUGGCAGUUUCCCAUAAACCCAAUCUCUAUGAGUUUCCCAUAAACACCCUCUCUAUGGCAGUUUCCCAUAAGCCCAAUCUCUAUGGCAGUUUCCCAUAAGCACCCUCAGUGAUUCUGAUCUGCGUUAUCAGACUGGCAUAAAGUCUGCUAAAAAAGCAAAGAUUGAGAGAAUGGGAGCAAAUCCAUGAUUUCCAUAUAAUUCCCCCCUAACAUCAGUAACUAUUAAUUCCCAGCUGCCUGUGUUGAUGGCGCCAGGGCUAAAGCGCAGGUCAUACACUGGGUUAUAUAUUUAUCAAAGAGUGAAGUUAGGGAUCAUCACAGUCCUCUAGAGUGAAAUUCCGCCACUUCUAUGGGGGAGUAUUUCUCAAUGAGUGAAAGUUCAUCCUUUGAUAAAUAUGCCGUAGAAAUGAAUGGAGCGUGGUGGAAUUUCACUCUAGAGAACUGUGACGAUCCCUAACUUCACUCUUUGAUAAAUAUGCCCCCCCCUGUAUUUUUUCUUUUAUCCUGAAUAACGUUCAGACAUUCAAUCCUUUUCAGCGCAGUCGCAAUGGGAGGGGCUUCUUCUUCUAAACAGUCCAUCAUUAAAACCACUGGCUACUGACCAGGCUGCAGAAUAACCCCCCACUGAAUAGCGCUGGCACCUCUCGCGUGUAUAACGUCGUUCUUAGCACCCGUCUUCAAAUGUACAGGUUUCUUUAAAUGAAAUAGAAGUACAAUCUGUCCAGAGAUAGAUUCCAUCUAUUGUAUAUGUUCGACCAAACCAAAGAAACCUCUGGCCAUACUCUAAUGCUGCUCCUUAAAGCCUUCUCGUCCUAUCAAAGCGCCCUGCAGGAUUCCAUGUUUAAAGAGAAAACAAAAAAAAAAGAACUUUUUUAUUUUUGUACAGUUUCUAAUGGAUUUUUUUCUAGUGAUGUUUAAUUGAAGUUUAUUCGGGGAGCCUGGAAAGACCGCGUCCUCCCGCAGAAAUAAACUUGAUGCUUACGUUUUCAUUUUCAUGACUUUUACUUUGGAAAGGAACCCUGCCGUGUGCCUCCGAGUCUUCUAGGGUUCCGUGUUACAUUCAUUCUUAAGACCAGCAAUGAUUCUUUCUAUACAAUGUUUGGGGUUUUUUUUUCUUCUUUUAAUUACUGUUCCAGAGAGACUUAAAUCAUGAAGAAAACGAAAAAAAAAAAAGCAAAUAUUGUGCUGGACCCAGUAACUGAGCUGGUUGCUAAACGCACUGAGAAAACAAACUUUUGUAUAAAACCUUAAAUGACUGUUUUUGUAUAUCAAAGUUGAUUUUUUUUUCUUUUUCGGAAAGGAAACAAAACGAAAAAAAAAAACUUGGGAUCUAGUUUCUAAGUUAGUGUUUUUAUAUGUUACAGAAACAGAUUGCUUUGUAUCACCAGCCUGACUGCAAUGAAAUGGUGAUUUUGCUCAUUCUUCGGACCUCCAGAUGCCUGAAUUGCGGUGCAGAGCAUUGCAUUGUGGGUCUCUUCAGCAAAGAAGGGUGUUCUAUUAAGGGGGAGGGGCAACAGCUGCCUGGAGUGGCCGCCCCUUCCCUCGUUUCUUUCUUAUUAACUUGGAUUACAAUUAUGACAUCACAAAUCGCAUAACCUCCCCUUUUCAUUAAUACUAGAUCCUUCCUUCCUCAUAUACUUUCUAUUAGUGUGAAGAAACCGUUCAAGAAAAUGGGCAUUUUAUUCUGAUAGGUAAGACGAAAAAAAGGUUAAAAAUGGAGAAAAGGCAAAAAAAAAAUAAAAUCUCUAGAAAGUUAUUUGUUUGUGAGAUAUGGCUGUGGAAAGAUAUUGUAGUAGUUUUAACACUAUUGUUACCUUUUAAAUUACCCAAUAAAAUAUAUGGAAAAUC